AGUAAAGAGUAGGGGAACACGUAUAACGUUCACGAUCCUCGUCUCUUUCAGUCGUUUCAUUCUUUGAGACGCGUUACGUUCACUCACGAUGCUGUUCCAUUCAUUGUUAGCUUCUAUCGUUACGACUUUCUGGCUCGUCGAUGUAUCCUGUCAGGAUGCUUUUCAGGCUACUCUGGGCCACGUGAAACCCCGGAUUUCACCGGAAGUGCAGGCUGAAGCGGCUAAGGGUGUCGCUGAAAGGCUUCUGGGCAUCGAACGGGCACGAUUGUUCGCGAUGACUGUAGAUCCUAACUGUGGACCCAUUGGAAAAGAUACCUUUGUGAUAAGGAAAAAUUCCCUCGAGCAAAUUGAGAUUGUUGGUACUUCCGGUGUGGCUGUGACUUGGGGUUUGCAUUACUACUUGAAACGCUAUUGCAACAUUCAUGUAUCAUGGGAGGGCAACCAACUGAAUCUCCCAAACACUCUGCCAAAUGUUAAUGUAAAUGUCACAUCGAACGACAGGUUCAGGUACUAUCAGAACGUGUGCACCCUUGGGUACAGUUCUGCAUGGUGGAAAUGGGACGAUUGGGAAAGGAACAUCGACUGGAUGGUCCUUAAUGGAAUCAAUUUGGCUCUUGCUUUUAAUGGACAAGAGGCUAUCUGGGAGAGAGUAUACCUCCAAUUGAAUUUCACUCGAGACGAGAUUAACGAUCACUUUGGAGGACCUGCGUUUUUGCCUUGGUCUAGAAUGGGCAAUAUUCGUGGUUUCGGCGGUCCAUUAACCCCUACUUGGCACGAACAAUCGAUUCGCCUGCAACAUCAAAUCCUUCAAAGGAUGAGGAGCCUAGGAAUGACACCUGUUCUACCUGCAUUCGCAGGACACGUGCCCAGAGCAUUUCCCAGAUUGUUCCCCAAAGCGAAUGUCACCAAGCUUUCAUCUUGGAAUCAAUUUUCAGAUAAAUAUUGUUGCCCUUAUCUUCUGACACCCACAGAUCCACUGUUUCAACAAAUUGGACAACAGUUUCUGAAAACUUACAUCGAGGAGUUUGGUACCGAUCAUGUGUACAAUUGCGAUACUUUCAAUGAAAACGAGCCGUACACCAGUGAACUGAAGUUCUUAAAAAAUGUUGGACACUCGAUUUUCGCGGCUAUGAACAAUGUUGAUCCAAACGCGAUAUGGCUGAUGCAAGGCUGGUUGUUCUUCCACGAUUUAUUGUUCUGGACAGAACCUAGGGUCGAAGCUUUCUUAACUUCAGUACCGGUGGGAAGACUGAUAGUGUUGGACCUUCAAUCCGAACAAUUUCCUCAGUACACUAGAUUGAAAUCGUAUUAUGGGCAGCCAUUCAUUUGGUGCAUGUUGCACAACUUUGGUGGCACUCUUGGAAUGUUUGGUUCAGCUCAAAUUAUUAAUUACCGAGUCUUCGAAGGAAGAAGUAUGAAGAACAGUACAAUGAUUGGAACAGGUUUAACGCCAGAGGGUAUCAAUCAAAAUUAUGUUAUCUACGAAUUGAUGAAUGAGAUGGCUUAUCGUCGGAAACCGGUCAAUUUAGACAACUGGUUCGAGAACUAUGCUAGUAGAAGAUACGGUGUUUGGAACGAGUAUGCUGUGAUAGCAUGGAAGAAUUUAGGGAAGACCGUGUAUAAUUAUAAUGGUUACCAAAAAAUUCGAGGGAAAUAUGUAAUUAGUCAACGACCAAGCUUAAAUCUCUCACCUUGGACGUGGUACAAACGUGAGACAUUCUACAACACGUGGUACGUCUUUCUUCAAGCAAGGCAUGGAAGAAGAAAUAGCACCCUGUAUAGACACGAUGUGGUUGAUUUAACGAGACAAGCCCUUCAAUUAAAAGCAGACGAAAUCUACCCUGCUUUGGUUGAUUCGUUUAAAAAGAAGAACGUUACUGGGUUCAAAUACCAUGCUGAUUCACUCCUGGAAUUAUUCGACGACUUAGAAUUAAUAUUAGCAUCCGGGAAGAACUUCCUGUUGGGUAGAUGGAUAGAAUCAGCCAAAAGUCUGGCUGGCAACGAUGAGGAACUACGUCUCUACGAAUACAAUGCAAGAAACCAGAUUACAUUAUGGGGACCACGAGGAGAGAUAAGAGACUAUGCGAACAAACAAUGGUCCGGAAUUGCUGCGGAUUACUUCAAACGACGUUGGGCCAUUUUCCUCGAUAGUCUUGAGAACGUUCUGACUAAAGGGACGACGUUAAAUACCACAAGAAUCAACGAGCGAAUAUUUCAAGAAGUAGAGGAGCCAUUCACUCUUUCCACUAAACUUUAUCCAACGGAUGAGAUAGGUGACUGUAUUGAUAUAGCAACGAAUCUUCUGUCCAAAUGGUAUAAAACAUCGUACAAAGACAGUAAAACGUUAACAAUGAAUAGGAGACGAGAAUGGGAAAGAGUAUAAGGACUGCUGUUAAGAAUUAUAAUUGGCUCUAGUUAAUUUGAGAUCAUCCUACUAGUCACGUCGAUUACAAAUAUUUUUAAAUGUUUACAAAAAUGCUCAAACAUUAUAUAAUUAAGAA